AUGGCCGGUCUACUCUUCGUACUAUGUGAACCCGGCCCCGCCGUCUCCGAAGAGGAGCUCAACGAUUGGCUGGACAACGAGCAUAUCCCCCUCCGCCUGCCCAUCCCGGGCUUCCAGUCAUGGUCCCGCUGGGCCGCCGCCGACGGCGCGAAGCCGACGUACGCCUCGUUCUACGACCUCUCGGACCCCAGCGUCCUCACAGAGCCGCCCUACACCGAUCUCGCGACGACGCGCUCCGAGCGCGAGGCGUCCAUUCUUUCGCGCUUCGCGCUCCUCGAGCGCCGCACGUACACGCUCCGCGAGCCCGUCUACCCGCCCGCCGCCGGCCCCGCGUACGAUCCCACCAAGCCGGGGCCGUUCAUCAGCGUGGUGGAGAUCGCGGUGAAGCCGGAGGGGCAGGACGAGUUUGACCGCUGGUACGAGGAGGAGCACAUCCCGAUGAUCGCAAAGGCGCCCGGGUGGCUGCGCAGCCGGCGGUUUGUGCUGGAGGACGCGGGUGCGGUGGGGCCGGAGGCGAAGGAGGGGCGGCCGCCGCGGAACUUGGCGGUGCACGAGUGGGAGAGCCCGGCGGCGUUCGAGAGCGCGGAGUUCAAGGCGGCUGUGUCGACGCCGUGGAUGGCGAAGCUGAGGGAGACGGCGCUUGUGGAGGCGCGGAGGAGGGUCUUCAAGUUCGUGCGGAGCUGGGAUCGCGAGUGA